CGACAGUUGUUUCACAAACAAACACGAAAAACGUCAAACUGAAUCGUCAAGUCAAGCAGCUCGAGGCAGGUCCUAUUACAAUGGCAUCCAACCAACCAGAAGUCCCGGCGACAUUGAAAGUUAUAGGACACUACUUGAAAACGGCCCAGGAACAUGACAGCCGUGAUCCAAUUAUUAGCUACUGGUGUCGACUGUACGCCCUGCAACUAGGACUUAAAAUAAACAGCCAGGGUGCCGAGGAGCGAAAGUUUCUGGUGAGCGUGAUGGAUUGGCUGGAACAAACGAAGAAGGCUCACGCAGAUAACGAAUCAAUAACUAAUGAGGUUGCAGCUCAAGCUUAUUUAGAGAAUUACGCGUUGAAGUUAUUCUUGUAUGCGGACAAGCAGGAUCGAGAAAGCAAUUUCGGAAAGAAUGUGGUGAAGGCCUUCUACACUGCUGGAAUGAUAUACGAUGUACUACAAACUUUUGGUGAGCUAACGGAAGAAGUAUUUCAAAACAGAAAGUACGCUAAGUGGAAGGCUUCGUACAUACACAACUGUUUGAAAAACGGAGAGACACCCAUUCCUGGACCGAUGAAAACGGACGAGGACAACGAAUAUGAAAAUGAAAUGGAAAAUCUUGGUCCGGGGGCAGGAACAUCGAAUAUUGAGCCAACCGCAGGUCCAAGCAAUCAACCUCAGUUACCGUAUCCUCCGAUGGGAUUUCAUGCUGCUCCUCAGUCUCCCUCCGCACCAAAUCAGCUACCCUUGUCUGGACCACCAUCUGGACCGACAAAUUUUACGACCAAUGACCCAUUUAGCACAGUAAAGCCACCCACACCCCCAAGUGAACCCGAAAAACCUCCAGGUGGCUUCCAGCCAUAUACAGGGCCGUCUAAUACCGGCAGUAGCGAGGGCGGUUUGUCACAGGGAGUACAACUAACACCAGAUCAGAUUAUUAAAGCCCAAAAAUAUUGCAAAUGGGCUGGCAGUGCCCUCAACUACGAAGAUAUCAAAUCCGCUAUCGACAGUCUACAAAAAGCACUUCGAUUGUUGCAAACUGGUCAAGAUAGUUAAGCUUUUGUUUUUUCAAUUCAGUUAGUGGAUUGUUGUGUUUUGCUAUUUUCAAUAAAAAAUUAACACUUGUUAGCGGCAAGCAUAAUAUGCACCAUUCUAUGCUUUGGAAAGCACUCGCAAAAUAUGUUUCAAUGAAGUAUAUAGUAACGAAAAAUAAAGAAUCAAUUUACUCACACUAAAA